AUGGUAGCAGCGAAACGAAAAGCCACCGGCGCAUCAGCGAAUCCACGUCGAAGACGUCAGAGGAAGACUAGAACCCUGGCCGUAUCUUCUGAAGAUGAAUCAUCCUCUUCCGCCUCCUCGUCCUCCUCAUCUUCCUCCGAAGACGAUGAUGAAUCUGAUCAAGAUCGCUCGAGUAUGAAAAGCUCGCUUAGAAAAAGGCCAAAGAUUAGCGAAUUCCGGCCAAGGUCCAAUUCCUCGUCCUCAGCCUCGUCCUCAGCCUCAUCGUCAGCCUCAUCGUCAGCCUCAGUAGAAUCCGAUUCAUCCGCGUCAACACUUUCAACAUCCUCGUCAUCAGCAGAUUCUUCUAUCACAGACUCAGAUUCAUCUCCUCAUUCGAUCGGUAACUUAUCACCCAGGUCUCGCCGCAAGAUCAACGGCCCAAAAGCAUCUGCUGCUGGCUCUAGCAACAAUAUAGUCGAAUCUUGCGACAAAAAGAGGCACAUAUUUCGACUUACUCCCGAACCCGAAGUGACCGAAUCAACGAAGAUUUGCCGUAGUACAGAGCGAAGCAGUGCUUCACGCAUGCUCAAAUCGCUCGAGCCACAAGCGCUCCGACUUCCCACACACCUGCAACGUAUCGUCAAUGCAAAGACUGUCCCUGCCUCAGCUCGUGAGCCACGAACUGAAAAACGGCAAACAACAUCACACGAAGCCCAACAUCGACAGGAUCGACGCCAGCAAGCAUUCCGGUCGCUAUGGCUCAAAGCUGUCGCAGAUGAAUUUGGGGAUGAGCUCGAUGCGAUCCGAACUCGCGAACCGACGCUUGGUGCAGAUGGGGGCACUAGAUUACCUCUUUUUAUUGAUGCUCUUGCGGCCGGUUCAGAGCUAUUUUCCUCAUCGCGCGCAGAUAACCUCGACGCGGAACAGACGAAAGGCACCCGGCAGGCGUCCUUGGACGAGUUGGCCUUGGCAACUUGUCAGAACACCACAAAAAAGUAA